UUCAUCCAGAGAAACGUCCGUGAGCUCCUGCUGUCAAAGUGCUUUAGAAGAGUGAGCUCAGUAAGAAGCUGAGAGGAAGAUGAAGAUGUUUGCUGUGUUUGUGAUCCUCCUGCAGGUUUCCCAGGGUGCUGCAGUGUUGGAGGUAUACGAGGAGGUGGAGGCUGUCGUGCUGGCCUGCCAGUACUUUGGUAUCAUACCUGAGGACGAUCCCACAGUGAUCUGGAGCCGCUUUGACCUCAAUCCCAAAACUGUCCACCGGAGAAGAGACGAAGAUGACCUCCAAGGCCAAAACCAGCAUUACAGCGGGCGGACGUCGAUGAGGCCUGAUGCUCUGGAUACUGGAGACUACAGCCUCACUCUGAGAAAACUCCAGCUCACUGACAGCGGCAACUACACCUGCACCAUCAGUGAUGGGACACAAAACCUGACACUGAAUAACAUACAGCUGCAGGUCAAAGAACGAUUCCCAGCUUGGUCUAAGGUUCUCCUGGUUCUCCUGGUUCUCACCACUGUCAUUGUUUCUGGUGGUCUCUUAUUUUAUUUCCGUCUCUAUUUAAUGUCAGUGCACCAGGUGGAGGUGGAUGCAGAGAUGGAUGCUGUCCAACUGCCAUGCAAAACUAUAACUCACCUGGCUGAAGAUGCUAAAGUGGAGUGGAGCAACAGUAAAGGCAAGACAGUCCACCUGUUUGAGAACUCCUCCAACCAGCAUGAGGAACAGCACUGGUUUUACAGACAGCGGACAGAGAUGAAGAAACGCCCGCUGAAGGCUGGAGACCUCAGUCUGACCCUGAAAUAUCCCACAGAUUCAGACACAGACACCUACACCUGCACCGCCCGCAGGAGGGAGGGAAACAUCCUGAUGAAGAAACAAGUACAGCUCCAUGUCAAAGUCUGUCAGGUGGAGGUGAAAGACGGGGAGGAGUCAAUCCAGCUGCCCUUCAAAUCCACAGGUGACCUCCCCGAUGACAUCAGAGUGAAGUGGUGGCGAGAUGACCCUGAACCAAUGAUGAUGGUCCACGUGUAUCAGAACAAAUCAGAUCAGCCUGACAAACAGGACGAGGAGUACAGAGGCCGAACAGAGACGAGCAAAAAGCUGCUGGAGACAGGAAACCUCAGCCUGACCCUUAAACAUCCAACAGUCAGAGACACGGGAAGAUACCGCUGCAGAGUCGACAGCAGGAACAUCUGGAGAGAGAAGAACGUGCUGCUCAAAGUCGGAGGUCAGUAUGAAGCCUCUGAGCCACUGAUCCACCCAGCUGGCUUGGAGAAACAUCUGUGGAUGAGUGAAGAAGAAAUGGCCCUGCAGUCACAUCCUGCUGACUGAUCAGACCUGAAGAGGAAGAAAAGUCUGGUUUUCUGGAGAAUCUCAUAUUACUGAUAUAAUGUGAAAAGUGUGGAGCAGAACGCACGGGAUGUGCGGUAACACUGGAGCGGAGAGCAUGAGCACAGACGUUAGAGUGAGACAUGACACAGGAGUCUGGGGAGCUACGGGGAUUUAUUAUGUACUGGUCAUUUACUGCACUGUAAAUAAACGGACUGCUUAUAUUCAGAGCUCCACGCCUGGGUCCUCAUUUUCCUCACAUCCCCACAGUUGGCCAUCGGCAACCGUAACAGAAGGUUGGAGUUUAAACUCCAGCAGAACAACAUAACAGAGGUGUGAAGUGGCAUGAAGACCAUCCAACAGCAGAGGAGCUGGGAGUGGUGAGGACAGGGCUAACGUGUUGAAUGUGUUUUACAACAGACUGGACACUGCAGUGAAUGUUGCUCCCCCCACAGCCUUACCUGUAGUCAGCCUGCAGUCCACAGCCACCCACUGUCUCCACACUGCACCAUAGCCUCCUGUAAAAGUCCUGACACCCC